CGCGUUAAGAUCUGUCGGAUUUUCCAUGGACGUAGGGAGAGAAUUUGUAGCAGGAGGAGGAAGCAAAGGGCCACCGAAACAAUAAAUCCUUUGACCGCAGAUUUCGACGACUUUGAAAACUACGAAGCCGCCGCUUUUCUGGCGCCUUCUCUGAUCUUUUCCCCUCAUUUAUCGUUUUGGUAAAAAAAAAAACAAAGGGAGUUUUUAAAUUCAUUGGACAAGUAGGGUCUGUGUCUUUCCUCCUCUUCUUCUCCGGCUGUUUUUGAACUUCUAAACACGAGAAGACCCAUUUAUUUAGUUGCUUACUAGCCAGUUUAAAACCCUAUUUGGCUGUCAGCUCCUGAUUGUUGGUUGAUUUGGGUUUGGAUGAUUGCUGUUUGAACUUUUGAUUGUUUUGGAUUGGAGGUGACCUAGUUAAAGUUUUGGGAAGAGAGGGAUAUUACUUGAUGAUACCCAUUUCAAACAUUUGUUAGUGGUGGUGUCAUAUUUGUUGGCAAUAGCUGUCAGAGAUUCUGCUAUCUGUCUCCUUGUGUUCUUGAUUCUUUUUGUAUUGUAUUCGUUUUUCUCUAUCAAAGUAUUGCAGUUGAAUCAAUUCUAUUUUUUGAUAGACCCAGUAGGUAUUGUUGUUUCUACGUCUUUUUUGGGGGACACAGAGAGAGAGAGAUCAGAGUUCACUUUUUUCUGUUUUUCCUUUUCUUCUUUGUCUCCUUUCCAUCUCCAGGCUUCCAAAAUUAGGUUGCUUUUGAUUGCUGCUUUCUGUUUUUAAUUCAAACCCAAGUAGAGGUUGUUUUUCAUUUGUAAAUUCAAUCACAAAGAGAGGGAUACUUAUUGACCAGCGAGAAGAUUUUUUUUUUUUUUUCACCGACAAUUCUAAUCGGUCGUGGAUUUGGGAAAAGACCUAAGAUCCAAGAUCCAAUUGUGGAUUCUUGGUGUUUGGAUACUUGAAACUGGAGGAUGUCUGGACUGCAAGAUCAGGUGGAGAUCAAGUUCCGGUUGAUUGAUGGGUCGGACAUCGGGCCAAAAAGCUUCCCUGCUGCUACAACUGUUUCAACCUUGAAGGAAACGAUCCUUGCUCAAUGGCCUAAAGAUAAAGAGAAUGGUCCAAGGACAGUAAAAGAUGUGAAAUUAAUCAGUGCUGGAAAAAUAUUGGAGAACAAUAGAACAGUGGAAGAUUGUAGAAGCCCAUUGUGUGAUAUUCCAGGGGGAGUCACAAUCAUGCAUGUUGUAGUUCAACCACCACCUUUGGAAAAAGCAGAAAAGAAAUUGUCGGAUGACCAAAACCAGUGCAAGUGUGUAUGUGUUAUAUUAUAAAUUGCUGUUCAGAAGGUGGGAACACAUCAUUUGCAGAUAAAGUGCUCCAGUGUUGGUAAAAGAUUCAGAUCAGUGAGUGGCUGAAUGAUGAUAUAGUGGCAGCUCAUGGAUCAAACAUUUCUUUUAGAAGAUGGUUUGGAGUAGGUUUAUAUCUAUGUAGCUGUUGCUUUUGCAUUGGUCUUGGCAUAUUUUGUGUAUUUUCAGGUUUUCUAUAUGUCGAUAUAUGUGCAUUCAAACUAGAGCCUCUGGUUGAGGUUCGGAUUACUUUUUGGUAAUAUGAUUUAUAUUGCAAUUCUGAGCUC